AUGGCAUUGGAAGAAUUGAGGGAAAAAUACAGAACCAGGCAAGAACUUGUCAAAGCACUUACUUCUAAAAGACGCUCUAUUCAUCUGAACCCUAACGGUCAUUCAAUUGAAACUGCUAGUUCGAAUGCGGAGGUAUUGGCUCAUAUCAAACAAAUCCUGUCAUUGGCGGCUAAUUCAUUAGAGCAACAUCAGCAGCCAGUGUCAAUUGUUUUUCAAACCAAGAAAAAAAAAGGCGAUACUAGCAACUCUAACAUCUGUACAACACUAGAAUUUCCUCUAAAUGGCCCGCAUCUAUUCACUCAUCAGUUUAAAAUGAGAAAAUGCUCAAUCCUUUUGACCUUAUUAAAAAUUAUUAUGGAAAAAUUGCCCCUGGGUAAAAACACUACAGUAAGAGACAUUUUCUACUCCAACGUAGAGUUGUUCCAAAGACAGGCAAACGUCGUUCAGUGGCUAGAUAUAAUACGGUUUAACUUCAAACUUUCCCCACGAAAGUCCCUGAAUAUCAUACCAGCUCAGAAAGGUUUAGUUUAUUCGCCUUUUCCUAUCUACAUUUACGACAAUAUCUCGGCAGGUAAGGAUGAAUUUCAGGUACAAAAGCAAACUGUUUUCCCUGGUAAGCCCUGCCUAAUUCCAUUUUUUCAAGAUGAUGCAAACAUAAAGUUAGAGACAGCUGGCAAUUGCAAUCUUUUAAUAGUGGAAAAAGAGGCCGUCUUCACUAAGUUAAUAAAUAAUUAUCAAAAGUUAAAUGAGAAUACCAUUUUAAUUACUGGUAAGGGGUUUCCAGAUUUCUUGACAAGAUUAUUCCUCAAGAAACUAGAACAAAAUUGCUCCAGUUUGAUAUCUAGCUGUUCCAUAUUUACCGAUGCUGACCCUUAUGGGAUUAGCAUAGCUCUAAAUUAUACUCACUCGAGUGCAAACACCGUUUAUAAUUGCACGAUGGCAAAUUAUAAAGGCAUUCGUAUUACUCAAGUCUUAACGCAGAAUAAUGGAGUGCAUGGCAAACCCAUCCAAUUAUUGAGUUUGAAUCAGCGCGACUAUUCGUUAGCCAAAAAUUUAAUAGUUUCACUGACUGUUAACAGCAAGGAUAUUGCAACAUCACCAUUAAAGAAAUAUAUAAUAGAAUGUCAACGAGAGAUUUUUUUUCAAAAGAAAGCUGAAAUGAACGAAAUUGAUGCUAGUAUUUUUCGGUUAGCGUGA